AUAGCACUUUGUAUCUUCUCUGAAGUCAUGAGCCACCUGCCCUGGAAGGAAUGAGGUGGAAGAAUGUAAAUUGCUAUUGCCAUGCAAAGAGAAGAACGGCUUCAGAUCUUUAAUGUUAUUGUACUUAUUUUUGUCUCUUCACCUUCUCUAUCCUAUAAAUACCACACCUUCUACUCGCCGCUUCACCACAACUAGCUAGCUAUCUCUCUGAUCAUCACUAUGGCUAAGCCUAUAGCUCUCGCCUUUUCUCUCUGUUUGCUUGUCCUCUUCCAGAGCUGCUUAGCAGCUCACCAACAAUUUCAGUCGAGCCAGCGAAAUGAAUGCCAAUUAGAUCAGCUCCAAGCCCGUGAACCUGAUAACCGCAUUGAGACUGAAGCGGGUAGGAUCGAAUCCUGGGACUACAACCAGGACGAUUUCCAAUGUGCUGGUGUUGCCGUUCAACGAAUUACCAUAGAAAGAAAUGGCCUUCACUUGCCUUCUUACUCCCAUGCUCCACAACUCACUUACAUAGUGCAAGGCAAUGGUUUUCUAUCAACUGUUUUCCCUGGCUGUCCUGAAACUUUUGAAGAAUCUGAGCAAUCUGAUGAAGAACAAGGUCAACAACAGUGGCAAGGCCAGCAAGGGCGCCAUGGACAGCAAGGCCGCGGGCAACAAGAACAGGAAGAGUAUGAACAACAAGGCCGUGGUCAACGAGGGCAACAAGGCCCUGGACAGCAAAGUCGUCAUAGACAACAAGGGCGGCACAGCCAACAGGGACAAGAGAGUUUCGAGCAGCUAGACAGACACCAGAAGGUUCAACGCAUCAGAGAAGGUGAUGUGAUUGCUAUUCCUGCUGGAGUCACCUACUGGUCCUACAACGACGGUGACCAACCUCUUGUUGCUGUCAAUCUUCUUGAUAUCGGCAACCAACAAAACCAGCUUGACCGUAACCCCAGGAGAUUCUAUCUGGCUGGUAAUCCACAAGAUGAGUUUAACCAACACGGGCAAAGCCAGAGUCGUCGGGGCCAGCAAGGACAAAGUCAAUGGGACCAGGACCAGCAACAGCAACGAGAGAGGAGCAGGCACCAGCAACAGCAAGGAGGAAGGAGCAGGCACCAGCAACAAGAAGGAAACAACAAGAACAUCUUCGCCGGCUUCAACACACAGCUCCUCGCUGACGCUCUGAACAUUGAUCAACAGACUGCCCAGCAGCUUCAGGGACAGAACGACAACAGACCCCAAAUCGUGAGAGUUAAAGGACGUCUCGACUUUGUUCAGCCAGCAGAGUCAGAACAGGAGGAAAGACAACAACAGGGAAUUCAGAGACAACAGGGACAAGGACGGAAUGGUUUUGAGGAGACAUUCUGCAACUUCAGGAUCAAAGAGAAUAUCGGCAGGCCUUCACGCGCUGACGUCUUCAGUCCCCAAGCCGGUCGCAUCAGCACCCUCAACAGCUUUAAGUUGCCUAUUCUCAGGCACCUUGACCUCAGCGCUGAGAGAGGCUUCUUCUAUAACAAUGCUAUCUACAGUCCUCACUGGAACUUGAACGCCCAUGAAGUCUACUACGUCAUUAGAGGUAGUGCUAGGGUUCAGGUUGUGAACAACAACGGCCAGGCCAUCUUGGACAACGAGGUCCGCCAGGGCCAGCUCUUCAUUGUGCCACAGAACCAUGCAGUGUUGCAUAAGGCUAGCAACAAUGGAUUCGAAUACAUUGCUUUCAAGACCCAAGACAAUGCUAAGAUUAACACUCUUGCUGGCCGGACCUCAGUCUUGCGGGCACUCCCUGACGUGGUCCUCGCUAACGCAUACCAGAUUGAUCGACAACAGGCAAGGACUCUCAAGUACAACAGGCAGGAGACUGUUGCUUUGAGCUCAUCAAGGUCUCCUCGAUCCCACAGGAACUGGUUGGAUAUUGCUGAGAUGUUUGUCUGAGUAUGAAUAUGUAUGUAAUGCGCACGUAGUGUUUUUUGUGCGGUGAAUAAGCUAGUGAAUAUGGUACCAGCGAGCUAAAGGGUAGAGUGAAUAAAAAUGGCCUUUAUAUGGCAUCUUCGGAAGAUAUGAGAUCUUAUGUACAAACUAGUAAAUAACGAGCUACUACGUUCUUGUAGUCAUAUUCUCGUUAAAUGAAUUUUCUUUUUGCCUCAACU